GGGAAGUCUUUUAUGAAUUUGAGGUGGAGAGGGAAGGAAUGAUAGUUCUACGUUUAUUUGUGUUUUUAUAUAUUAUUUUACCUACAGGAAAAAAAUAAUUUCUCAAUUUUCAAUGGGCUCUUUUACUUUUUUUUAAUUAUUUUAUUUGCCAUGGUGAGGUGAACUUUUUUUACUAUAACUUGAAACCUAUGAAAAUUUACAUUAAUUUUCAUUCUCAUAUUUGUGAUCAACCUGUUUAAACAAUUAACCAGUUUCAAAACGAUAUUUUUGAUAUUUUACUGCCUUUACACCUUUGGAAGAAACAGUUCCAACAAUUAAGCGUAUACCCUUCGGAGGAAGCUUACUACAAAGCUAUUAUAAAUCUCAUUUACUAAGUAUUGAUUUAGCACGACCAAUGGAGAACAUCAAUAAAUCAUCUUGCUAAUAUUUAAAUUUAUUAAGAUACUUUUAUAUUUUAUCUAACUUUUACUUCAAGACAUAUAUUUGAUCAAGUUUAUUUAUAUUUAAUAAGUAACACUUAUAAAUCAUUUCUAAGAUCUUCAAACAUUUUUAAAACGUAACGGGCCAAAUACAAUUUCUUUUUUUGCCAAACACAAACAUUUCUAUGAUCACACUUAUAAAUAUUUCUAAAUUCUUCAAACAUUUUUAAAAUAUAUCGAUCCAAAUACAAAAUAUUUUUUUUUCAAAUAAAAAUAUUUCUAAUAUCUAGAGAUAUACUGGGCCAGGGUCGCGCAUUGCGCGAUCAGACAUUACUAGUAUUUUGAGAGAAAAUUGACGGGAUUUUUCAAUGGAAGAAAUUGGAGAAAAAUUAAAUUAAAAAAAAAAAUACUCCAACGAAUGGGAACACAAUGGAUGCGAAAAUAUAUAUUUAAGAUUUUUUUCCAAUUAAAGUUAGACGGGGUUUUUCAAUGGAAGAAAUUGGAGUAGUAAAAAACAAAACAGUAAUCUUAAUCCACCUAGUUUUUAGAAAUUGAGGCCCUUUAUUCUGCCUGGCUCCUAUAAAUAUACAGCUCUCCGUGUAAAAUUCUCCCCUAAAUUCAGAAUACACAAAUCCGAUUCUCUUCACCUUCUUUUUAUCUCAGCAAGCACAAUAUGUGGGAGUACUUCAUUCCAGACGAUUUGGUCGCUCUUGUUCUAGUGAGACUUCCAUUUGAUGCUCUGUUUCGAUGUAGAAGUGUAUCAAAAUCAUGGCGCGAUUUGAUUGACGCUCCGAAUUUCACCCAAUUGUACCUCAAUUCCUCCCCUCUUGACAAUACCAAACAACAUAUCAUAGCUUGCCCCCCAAGCGGACGUACGUUUUAUGCCUUUCAAUGGGUUCAUGAAUUGGAAGGCAGCAGCCAGUACAAGGCCAUCAAUCCCAAAAAAUUCGAAAACCCCUUUCCUGAUUUUUUUUCGGGUCAAGUUCAAAUUGUGGGUUCUUCAAAUGGGAUCCUUUGUUUGUGGAAUAAAUCAUCAGAUAGUCUUCUUUUGUGGAAUCCGUGGAUUAAUAAGUUCUCCUCGUUGCCGGGUUUACCUGUUGAUUGUACAGAGGCCGGAAGCUAUUGCGUCGGUGCUGCAUUCGGAAUCGACCCCAAAAACGAUGACUACAAAGUGGUGAAAUGGUAUGAGUUUGAAGAUGUGUACGGAUAUGAAUUCUGUGUUUAUAGUUUGAAACUAAAUUCAUGGAGGAGAAUAAAAGAUGGGUUGCCAUAUGAUGAGGUAAUAGAGCCUCAUUCUAGUUGUACUUUUGUUAACGGUGUGUUAUACUUUGUUGUGAAAUAUGACGAGUCCGAGUCUGAUGACGACUACGAUAAUUACGACGACCCUGAUGACGAUGAUUACGACUCUAAUGAGGACGAGGUUUACUUCAUUGUUGGAUUUGAUCUUGGAAGUGAAGAAUUUCGUUAUGUAUGCAGCGUACCAGUUUCGCCGCGUUACAAGGAUCAGUAUGAUUAUCACCAUUUGUUAUCCUUAAAUGGUCGUCUUCAAUGCUUCUCUAGUUAUAUGAAUAGGGGUGGACUAAUGGGGCAGAUAUGGGAGAGGAGAAAAAAGGAUGAUAGAGAUAAGAUGACUUGGGACUUGGUUAGCUUUGUUUCCUUUUAUUCGCGUGGUUCAGACUUUAGGGACAGUAGGAUACUGGCAGUAGAAGAGAAAUACAGGAUACUCUUACAAGUUGGGGAAAAGCUUGUACUGCAUGAUUUUGACAAAAGAUCAAUUGGAGAGGUGAUCAUAAAUGAUAAGGAAGCAGGUUCUAUCACUUCUUGCACUUGUGUUCAAGGCUUUGUUAACCCUUGUUCUUUUCUGAUAUAGGAAUCACAAGAAAUUACAUCUUCAAGAAAGGAAGUCAUUUGGUACUAAUGAGCAUGAUGAGGGCGAUAGUAGAUCCAAUCACUACGUUUAUUUCCUCAACAUAAAGCUGAUUUAUGUUAUCAGAACUCGGAAAAAUUUGGUAACGAAGAAAUUGCUUCAAGGUUUCAUGCCGGCUACCUGAUCUUGAUCAAUCAGGAAAAGCAGAUUCGCAGAAGAACAGUAUCCAGUUUGCUUUUAGUUUAUUCCACAGCUGCUGAAUGCAUUGGAUCUGCAAAAAUAUUUGCCUUCACAUACUAAUUAGGUGCUCUGGAAGUCAGAUAAGUUCUCCAGUUUGUACAUUAUCAAACGAGAAGCAGCUGGACAACAAUGUGCCUUUUCAUAGGACUCCUAUUCAGUAGGCAAUCUGUACCUUGAAGGAAAGCAUUUACUAUAUCCGCGGCUAAUCUUUUUUAUUUUCCCUUUGGUUUUUCUUCCAGUAUCAUACUAUCACUUUCAGAUAAUUGUAAAAGCUUGAUGCAGUUAUAAUGCAACUCUUGGGCUCUUUGUGAUCAAUAACAACAUCAGGAUUCGGACUAUACUUUCAACGAUUUUGCUAUUUCACUGUAUUAUUAGAUCAAAUUCAAGUAGUUUCAUAAUUUGGCAAUUUGCAAUUAGAUCGGCCAUAUACUAUUCAAUCA